ACGUAAGCCCCCUUUCUCUUUUCCUGGUGGUGCUUGCUGCUGUGCUGUGGGCAUUGCUCGUUGAAUUGUGCGACUCGCGUCAAAUGCUUAGCUUGUGUGCGUGUGCAAAGCAGUAGACAUCACGUAGUUUCGGCAUGCGACUUCCGGUGCUGGCAGGAGUUGCGGUGGUAUUCUGCUUCAGCGGUAGCGUCCUUUCACCAGCUGCCGCCAAAAAGUCAACACCAGCACCAGCGGCAACGCAAAGAAAUCUUGACAAUCCUUACACGACCAGCGGCGCAGCAGCAUCGUCUCUGUUGUGGUGGCGAGGAGGAGGAGAGGUUGAAGCCAAAGAAUCUUGGCUUUCCGCCGUUGCUCUCAAGAUUAAGCAGCACGCGCCUUCGGCAGGAAGCAACAGAGCGAAGGUCGCGUGGAUGGAGUAUGAGAGCCGCAGGUCCGAGCUCAAGCGCAACCCCGACGACCCGCGCCUGCACCUCGAUACUGCAGAGGCCCUCCUGAAGUGGAUAAGGCACACGACCAACGGAAAUUUUCCACGAGUGUCGGCGGAGGGGAAAGUCUGCGACGGCGACAGCCCGGCGAGUAGGGCGAUCUGGCGCAAACACGCGCCAGAGGCGCUGCGCUUGCUCAAGACUGGCGCUACGCACGCACUGGAUAGCGGCAGUUGUGACGGAGGCUAUGAUCUAGCUAAGUACCGCUUCCUGCAAGCCGAAGCCUCCACCUACCUGUCGAGUGCCAAGGGUGUGCUGAGGGCCGCUCUCCAGGCCGAUGCCGUUGCCUUCAGACGCAACGUGAAGCCCCUCAUCGAUGACCACCCAGCGUACCAGGGGGGCGUGGGGCACACGUUCUUGGGAUCGUUCUACCUAGUCGCGCCCUGGCCCGUACACAACCUCGCCAAGGCCAAGGCUCACUUCGACGCGGCGCUCAAGAUCGAUUCCCGGUGUCCCCGUAACCACUACUGCCGCGGCCUCGUGGCGUUGGAGAUGGGGGACACGCCGAUGGCCAAGGCUAGUUUCCAGCGAGCGCUGAGGUGCACGCCGACGUCUGCCGAGGAGGAGGACGUCCGGGAUUUUUUUCACGCCGAGAGCCGUGGAGCACUGACGGCCCUCGAGAAAGACGCGGGGGGAGCACGGGACAGGGGAACGGGGAGCGGAAGAGGGGGCAGGAGAAGGACAAGAGGAGGAAGGCAAGGGGGAAAGUUGGUGGCUGCUGAUGCAUCCUCGACGCCGUCGUCUACGAGUGCCGCUUUUGUACGAUCAAACCUGGCUGCCGACUGGUAAAAUGGCGUUUGUGGCGUGGGGUAAACUAUUUCUACUGCAUGUGGACCGAAGCACCAUUCCGUGUGUUGUGUGUGUCGUUUUAUCUCAUAUGUUGUUCUUGCGUAUAUCACAGCCUAGGCAACCGAUCGUUUGGGUUCCCAUGUAAAUACGAUGAUUCUGAAAAAUGCAAUAGGGAAAGUGACCUCAGGCAGGAUGGUUGGUUGGGUACGUGAUGCAACUAUGAAAACGGGGUUAGUACCGGACACAGCCGUGCCGCUGUCUUGCCUCGUUUCCGAUUCCAUCACCUUCCCCCCAGUGGUGCAGUUGGUAUCCUCGCGACUCGAACGUUUGGAUGUAUAUAUCCAUUAUCGAACCGGGGUUUUUCUCAUGUUGCGCCCAAACAAACGUGGAUACCGAAUUGGUUCGCGUGUACCACACGAUUAUAUCGAUUUCACGGUCGACGAGGGAAUCGAAUAGUCGGACCGUUCUUAAGAGAGGUGCCCCUUUAGUACGGGUUCAAUCUACUGAACCGUCUAUCGAGGACGGUUACCUCUUCUCACAUGGACAUAAAUCGAAGAGCGAACGCGUGCACGCACAAAGAAGAUCGGGUUCCGGUUACCCCCUAAGGGCGAGGGGGUAUGUGCAGAUCCCCCAUCGAAAAGAGUACGUACAACAAGGGAUGGUUGAACCCUUCUCGCGAUAUCAAACCAAGGCAAGCACCGCAGG